AUUGACAACAAUCUCUUGCAGUUUCGCCUCUGCGUCUUCCUUGCUUUGGUCUCCAGCGCCCUUGCUGGACAACUUCACGGUGACUACAGCCUUGGCAGUGAUGUCAGCCUCCCCAAUGGAGUUGCCCUCGGCAGCGGUGUUGGCAUCGGCAAUGGCGUUGGCUUCACAAGCUACGGUCUUAGCAACGGAAUUGGCUACUCCGGCCUCACCGGCUUCGGUGCCGGCCACGGCCUAGCCAAUGGACCGUCCACCAGCUACGCCGUAGCUGCUCCAGCUGUUACUCGCACCGUCUCCACUUACCAAGCUACUCCAGCCAUCGCUACCUACGCCGCUUCCCCAGUCACUACCGCGGCCGCUGCUCCAGCCGUGUCCCGCGUGACCACCUACCAGUCCGCUCCAGUUGCGGCCUCUGCCCCAGCUAUUUCUACCACCUACCAAGCUACUCCAGCUGUGUCCCGCUUCACCACAUACCAGUCGGCUCCAGCUGUCGCUAGUUACGCCACUCCAGCUGUCUCUCGCGUCACCUACCAAACAGCCCCAGCAGUGACUAAGGUGUACCAGAGCGCCCCAGUCGUCGCUGCUGCCCCAGCUGUGUCCAGCGUCACCACCUACCAGUCUGCUCCAGCUAUCGCUACUUACACUGUUCCAUCAGUCUCCCGCGUCACCUACCAGAGUGCCCCAGUCGUAGCUGCUGCCCCAGCUGUCUCCCGCGUCACCUACCAGAACGCCCCAGCCGUCGCUGCGUCCCCAGCUGCGUCCCGCGUCACCGUGUACCAGUCUAACCCUGCUGUCGCUACUUAUGCUGCUCCAGCUGUCUCCCGCGUCACCUACCAGAGUGCCCCAGUCGUCGCUGCUGCUCCAGCCGUGUCCCGCAUCACCACCUACCAUUCUGCUCCAGCAGUCUCUCGCAUCACCUACCAGAGCACCCCAGUCUUUGCUGCUGCCCCAGCCGUGCCGCGGUUCGCAGCGUACCAGUCCGCUCCAGCAGUCGCUACCUAUGCUGCCCCAGCUGCCACCAAAAUAUUUCAGUCCUCCCCAGCCGUCGCCACUGGGGCCACCCCUCCAUCUCUGUCCCAUGUGACCACCUACCAGUCUACGCCUGCUGUGGCCAGCGUCGCUCACGCUUUUCCAGCGACCACCUACGCCGCUGCCCCAGCUGCCACUACCAUCCACGCAGAUCGGGCUGUUACCACCGCCACUAUUCAUCACGCCCAAGCUGUGACCACUGGUGGGCACGCAGCACCAGCCUACGCUGCCUACCAGGCCACCCCCGUUUACGGCUACGGUGUUGGAAACCUCGGCUACGGCACUGGAAAUUACGGCCUCGGCCACGGUUUUGGUGUCUAUGGCCUCAACUACGGCUAUGGUCUUGGCACUCCAUUCGACUACGACUCUCUCAUCCGCAGGAAGAAGUGUUGA